AAUAACACUGAUAGUUUUAAAUGGCUUUGUUAAUCAGAGGCCUUUCUUGACAGAUAAAUAUAUUUAUCCAAAGUGUUUACAGUUGGCUUCGUGUCAAUAUAUUCGACACAUUCUCAAACUUCGGUUUGAAUAACAGUAUAUAUGACGACAAAAAAUUGCUUAUGUCAGUACGUUCCCGAACAAACGAAAUUGGUCGUCACCAGUCGCUAUUAUUUCGUUCAUCCAGUGACAUGGCGACUACUGGUUCCGUAAACGUUACAACACGCGUCAAUUAUUCUCGUACAUUUUUCCAUUGGGCACUCAGAUGGUUCAACACGGACUUCACGGAGGACACAUCGAUGAAGCCAGAUGCUCCAAGUUUAAUUUGCCUCUUACAAGCGAUUGGUUUCAAGUUACGUGAAUUUGAAAAAUUUGGGAAUGCCGAAAGUAAAGAGAGCAAACCUAAGGAAAAAGAAUUGCGAAUUAUACUCGAAUGCGGUAGUUCAAAAUUUAAAGCCAUUUUGGAAAUGGACGACGUUAACUGCCAAUGUCCACAUCCUGACGAAGCCAAGGAUGGAUCAUUUUGGAGUAUCAGUGGUACAGGACCUACGGGCAGCAUGGAUAGCAUUAAUAAAGUGGAAGAAACAGGGAGUAACUUAUUACCAACAGUUCCUAAAGAAAUGAAUGAAGUCUUGCGUGAUGUUAGCUACAGGCUAUUUAAAAUGAUUAGUAACACUGCAACGGAUGUCAAUCAAAAUUCUCAGUCGGAACUGAACUGUUCUGCGUUACAUGAUGUCGGUAAACAAGUAUCUCCUGACGGAACGGAAGGCAUGACGAGAAGUUACACUCAGCCGGAAUUUAAUACGGCAAAAUAUGGAAGUUCGAAGUAUUUGGCUAAUCCCUUGAGUAAAGAAGUCAAUACUGGUUUCCAUUCUAAGAAAGUAGCUAAACAACAGAGUUCUAGAAGUUUAUCAAACUCUGAUUUGAAUAGUGUUACCACGAAACUAGCGUCAAAUAAAACUGCCGAAAAUGUAAAACCUGUAUCGAGCAACGUAAAAACUGAUCCAAGAUCCGUUUCGCUUUCUACUAGCGUUCGUCCAACUUUAAUCCGUCGAAAAACUUGGGAUUUAGAUAUGGAGACUGAGAAUAUAGAAUGUGAACCACGACCUUCACCACCAAAAAUUGCUAGUACACCUGUGGUAUUUAAUCAACUUUGCAAUUCUUUGGGACAUAUAUCUUUACAAAGUGAUGAAGAAUCUGCAUUGCUAGAAAUCCUUCUAAAGACCCGCGAUAAUCUCGAAAGAGCGUUAAAAAUGUUAGUACGCGAUGCACCAAGUUCCAAUUCCUCAAUCCAAGGGCAAGAUGUUUUUAUUAAACCAAUAGCAGUGCCAAAGGGUACAAGUUCACGAAUUAGUCCGAAAUACGAUUCUCAUCCGAGUUCUAACAGUUCCUUGUCAUCUCGUACGUCGCUCCGAUCAAUUUCUGGAUUGCAAAAGCCAACAGUUCGCAGAAGCAUCGGACCCACCUUGCCUGUCGAGAAAGCUGGAACAGCUGACUUGAAAAAUGCUGUCAGAAGAAAAAGUUUUGGAAUGUCAACGAAUACUAGAAAAUUAUCUAAACAUGGUAGCGGUCUGACGAAAUUAAGCUUCAGUGCAGCAUCUUCCGCUUCAAGUUUGAACGAAAGAUUAAUUGUAACAGCUAAGAGGAGAAUUUCACCAGAUCCAAAAAGCAAUCUAUCGCAAAUUCAGAAAACAAAUACUUCAAACAAUACUACAGUAUUAAAAACAUCGUCAAAGAUAGAUAAGAGGACACUAGAAACUAGUAAAACAACCGGAGGAAAAGCUUCGUCCUCGAAAUACGGCUUUAUUGGAAAGAAAUUGUAAGUUUAUAUAUAUAUACAUAUAGUGGCUGGCCACAAUUCAUAUAAAACACUGUUAUUGCAUCAUUUUAAUUUAUCUAUUAUAUUCUUAAAAAAAUAUUGUUAUAAAUUUCGAUUAGGAUUUCAGACAACACAACAUCCAAAAAUCGUCAUUAAGACAACUGCUGUUCAAUUAAACCACUUAUAGAUGAUUUUUGGACAUUGUGUAAAUAUUUAUUCGUAUAACUAUACCUCUUCACACUUAGAAACAUAACCCUUUUGUAUCUUAUGAGAUUAUGUCUGUAAUAACACAACACACGAUCGAAAAAUUGAGAAAAAUUGUUGCGCGGUAAAGCAAAUUAUAUCACUUAUUAUUAAGCAAUAAAAAAUACAUUUAAAAAAA